AUGACGGAGUUUUGGGUCAGUCAGGCCAAUCACUGGUGCGAGUACUGCAAGGUCUGGCUCAAGGACACGGCUCAGUCGCGUGCCGUGCACGAGAAGGGCAUCAAGCACCAGGAGAAUGUGGCCAAACGACUGAGCGCGAUGCGACGCAAAGCCGUGGACGAGAAGGCCGCCGCCGUCCAGACCGCCAAGACGAUGAAGGCGAUCGAGGAGGAGGCUGCCGCCCAGUUUGCCAGGGACCGCGCCGAGGCGGCGGCCCAUCGAGCGGCCAGCCUGGGGGAGUGGGUGCUCAACCACGAGACGGGGCAACACUACAACGCGCAGCACCGGUGGUACUAUGACUCGGGCAGCAAGAUGUACUAUGGCGGCGACCCCCCCGACUGGACGGCCAGCCCUGCCACGCUACCGCACGCAGCCCGCUUCGAGGUCAUAGAAAACAUGCCGACAAGCUGA